AUGGACCAGAUGCAUGCGCAAUAUAAGAUGAAGAACCGCACAGUCAUGAACUAUGUCUUCAGUGUGAUAAUAGGCUUCACAGCGCUCAGUUAUGGCUCAGUACCGUUUUACAAGAUGAUCUGCCAGGAGACCGGUUGGGGAGGCCAGCCUAUAAAGUCAGCGGCCCACGGCGGCGAUACUUCCGUCGAUCCCUCCGAGCGCCUAAAGCCCGUCGAACACCACCCACGUAUCCGAAUCACAUUCAACGGCUCCGUAUCCGACGUCCUACCGUGGAAGUUUGUUCCUCAACAGCGCGAAGUCCGAGUCCUCCCCGGCGAGACCGCCCUCGCUUUCUACACUGCAACCAACAAAUCGUCAGAAGAUAUCAUUGGCGUAGCUACAUAUUCUGUCACACCAGGACAGGUCGCCCCAUACUUCAGCAAGAUCCAAUGCUUUUGCUUCGAAGAGCAGAGACUAAAUGCUGGGGAAACGGUGGACAUGCCCGUCUUCUUCUACAUCGAUCCUGAAUUCACAAAGGAUAUUAACAUGAAGGGUAUUGAGACCGUCACACUGAGCUACACGUUCUUCAAGGCGAAGUAUGACAAGGAUGGCCAUCUAACGCCUGUCCCUAUGUGA